UUCAGUAUCAUCUUGUUAUUAUGGACUUUGCUUGUCAUACACAAAACUCCUUAAUUUGUUCAUAAUAUUUAAAAAUGAUCCUUUCUUGAUUCUUUGUCCCACAUCAACAAAAUUUCUAAAUUUAUAUAGUUCAGUUAGAUUACUUUAAGUACCUAGCUGCAGAGAAACACAAGUGAAAAGAAAUUUUAUGUUUUUCAUUCUUUAGAUUUAGUGAAGAAAAUAUAGUCCGCCGUUAGUUGCCUAGCUCGUUGUGUACAGGAACUGAACGCCCAACUCGUGGUAUUCUACAUGUAAGCCUUUCAAACUCUUAUUAAAGAUCUAAAAGUAGCUGGUGAAUGUAUAAUAUAUAUUGGUUCUUUGAUUAAAGAUCCCUUCAAUCUUUGUAAUAAUCAGAAGCACUGUUUAAGAAUAUGCUUAAUGUGAUGGGAAAUAAACAAAGAGUAUUCAUUAAUCGACAGAAGAAAAAAUAAGGAAACUUGUUGUGUCCAUUUUUUAAUUGGUUUGAUGACUUAGAUGUAACGGCCAGUUCCUUUGCCUGCUAGCGCCACGUUGCACCUAUUACCUAUCGGUUUUCCGUCGUUACUUCUCGAACGUGAUAAGACAUUUUGAGUCUUUUGGUGUUCAAAAAUAUGCCAAUAUGGUCUACUGAUCAAUAAAAUGAGUGAAAACUUUGGAGGACCUCGAGUGAAAUUAAUUUUUAUCAAUUACUUGGUGUGAUUGGCUAGAUGAAGUAGCUUUGAUGUAUUAUAUAAAACAAAAAUCAUUGAGAAUAUUUAUAUUUUGUCAUGGGCUGGUCAUUGUCAGGAUGUUUGCUCAUAGUUUUCGUGUAUGGGCUACGACGACAUGGCCCUUACUUUGGAUGCAUGGGCUGAACUGAUAGAUCAUGUGAUUAGCAAUAUUUUCCACGCAUUACAUGUUACUAUAUUUUGGACUACACUAUUAUAUGAAUUUCGAAAUAAUUAGCAUAACUUAAAGAUUCAUGGGAUGUACUCUUCUUGUGAAACGUGUCACCUUGUGCAGUAUUUUAAAUUACCAGGCAUAAACUCCAAGAGAAUCAUGUAUAGUUUUGGGAGAUUUUAAGAAGUGAUUCGAUGAACGUAACCGAUACAAUUAGUCUGCCUGAAAAUACGUUGACCAUACGAAAAAAAUAUGAAAAGUCUCUAGAUGGGAGUUGAAAAAGAUCACCCUGAUGAUAAUAUUUUGAUUCUCGUAGAUAUUGCUGCUGAAGUUGGUAUCAAUUUUACAAUAAAAAUAAGAUGCGUUAUUGUUUUCACGUAUGUGCUUAUUUCUUCUAGGAACUUUAGACUCCUAAGUUGAAUCGGAUGCACAGUUUCAGCUGUGCCCAAUUUGCUUAACUAGUACUACUAGUACAAUUAACUUGAUUCCUGCCAAAGAAUGUGAUGUACAUUUCAAAGUUCAAAGUUAAUGAGAAGCAAAAAUAUUAGAUGAUUUCUUUCACUUGAACAAAGUUACAUGCAGGUGGAAGAUAACAGAUACAUCACACCAAAUAAUAGUAGCGGUCAACUUGUCCCCAAACACACAUUAUCAGGAAUUUUUUAAAAAAAAUUUAUUGCUCAUAGAUAUGCGUGACACUUGGCAUUCGAUAGAUGGUAUUGGUAGCUAACUCUUCCAUCAGAAUAUCCCUCACAAAUCUAACUGGGGAAUGCAUGAAUUUGCAAAGGGAGAUGCUUUUCGUGAACGAUGAAUUAAUAAAACUCUUCUCCAAAUUUCAACUUAUAUAUAUAUAUAUUACUACUAGGUCAUGGUCAUGUGGGUUACGUUUAUCGACAAACAUAACCUUUUUUCAAGUUGGCCUCAAAAAUUGGACAGCUCUCGUUACCCUCACUUUCUGUAUGUGCCUUUUUCAUUUCUUUGUUUAUCUACAGCUUGUUCAAUGUCAAUGGUGCUGGGCACGUGGUCUCACGUGCAAUAUUCUUUCUUCCAUCUUUUCUCCCCAAAAAGAAAAAAGAAAGGGAGAAUCGUCGAGAAAACAUGAUGGACAAGGUAAAUACUUACUGGCACUCUAUGUAACUAAAUUUAAAAUGUAAAUUUAUUACAAAUAAAUGAUUUAAUAAGGUGAUGAUAUUGCAUGUUGAUUAACAACAAUUAAUUGCUAAAAGUCUAUGUAUUAGAAGAAUAGAUUUGGGUUUAACUCAACCUCAAAAGCAAGUUCAUGGAUUGCCCAAGUUCAUAUAAGGAGACCAAUUACCCAUCCAUUUUCCGAUGUGGAAUACUUAACAAUUUUUUUAGUUGUAUUUCUUAAUCAUGGGCAGAACUAGUGUUUCUAAUUAUGGGUUUAGCAGGACUCAAUAAUUUUGACCAAAAUUUUAUAUUUGUAUUACAAAUACAUUUAAUAUGUAUAAAUAAUUUAUUUAGAAUCCGGCCUUUGUAGAAUUGAGAACUCAUAAACUUCAAAUCCUAAAUUUUUCUUUUGGUAUAAUAUAGUACUUUUCUUUUUAAACCACAGAAAUGGUUCUGAGUGAUAUGUUGGCUAUAUAAAGGUGUAGAUGGAAUUUCGAGUCAUCCAUCUUUUAACUUGAAGUGUCCUUUAAAUGCCUCAUCUUUAGGAUGCAAAGGAGAUCUCUAUUGGCACCUAAUGCUUGUCCAUUGUACAUCUUCCUUAUCGCCCCUUAAGAAAAGGAGAUCAUAUUUAUCACACUUCAAUAUUUAUUAAUUAAUUCUUUGAAACAUCACUCUUUCUUAAACGUCAUUUCGAUUUAAUUGAAUUAAGGAACUAAAUGAUAUAUUGGCCAUGACUUCACCUACAAAUCCUUUAGUCAUUAUUUCAGGAAUUGAAGUUUGAUCAUCACUAGUUCUAAUUUACAUCCAUUCAGUAGGCAAAAUGUGGGACAAGUGUGGUUAACUCUUGUUAUUUUUUCUUCAUGUAAAUGUUACCAAGUGAGCACAUUACAUAUAUAGCUAACUUCACUUUAGAAAAUUAGUUAUCCCACUCCCCUCUCCUGUAAAAACACAUUGCCCCGUACGAGGGGUCGUCCCGACCGUCCCAUUGGUCAAUUACAACUUACUAGUAACUUUGUUUUUUUUUAAAAAAAAAAAAACUUUUAACAGAUUUUCAUUGUUUACUUGGUUUUCCUACCACCCAAUGCAUGUACAUUCAUUUGUUGCUCAAUUCUUCUUGACCUUUUUCCAAGUGCAUGUAUGCGCAUAAACAAAUUGACAAGUCUUGAAAACCAAAAGGAAUUUGUUAAAAUGGUUGAGGGGAUAAUCAUGACGGUUAGCCAUUUAAAAUGUUAAAAAAAGAGUUGCCACAUACAAGAAUUGUAGCAUCCAAGACUCUUGUCUGAGAAAGAAAUUCUACCUUUUUAUACGCCGAUUUGUACAGAUCCAAAAUAUUCAUUUCUUAUAGUAUAUCCCUGCAACAAUAGACCAACCUUUUUAUACCCUGCCAUAGAGUGGUCCUUGUCCUUCACUUAAUUAAUUAAACUAUGAUAGUCCAUCUUCAGUUCCGGGCUUUUGUAUUUUUCUUCUUUGUUGCUGUUUCGGCUCUUGGAGAGGACUUACUGAGCUGCGAGUCGAAAUCUCCAGCUGCUUCUGGCUAUCGAUGUGACCGUAACGUGCAGCCAUUGCAAUGUGGGACAUUUGCGGUUCUUCGGACUAAUUCAUAUUACUCUUCACUUUUCAAUCUGAGCUCUUAUUUGGGUAUCAAUCGAUACGUUUUAGGAGAAGCAAAUGGCUUUUCUGCUGAUACAGAGUUUCUUGCUAUCGAUCAGCCUUUAGUAAUUCCAUUAGAUUGUAAGUGCAUUGGUGGUUUCUUUGAAGCAGAGCUAACAAAGACUACUACCAAAGGCGAGAGCUUUAACAGCAUUGCUCAAUCUUUGGAAGGUUUAACGAGUUGCAAAGCCAUUCAUGAGAAAAAUCCAAAUGUUACUCCAUGGGGUCUAUCUGAGAAAACUCUGCUGUCGAUUCCAUUGAGAUGUGCUUGUCCAUCUCCGCAAGAACUUAGUCCACAGACAAAACUUUUGCUCUCUUACCCCGUGAAGCAAGGGGAUGCGCUUGCAGCUUUAGCAACCAGCUUCAAUACUACUGCUGAAAGAAUAAUUGAUGCCAAUCGAAGAUCGUCAGGAGGUAGUUUUAGACCUGAAGGACUUUCACCAGCUUCAACUCUUUUGAUUCCUCUUGAAGGUAAACCCAAUCUUGGAUCAUUCACAAGACCUCUGCAGUCGAAUUUGGGAUAUCCAGCAGCAAGCAUAGCGUCAUCCAAAGUACAUAAAAAGAAGUCCAAAAUGCGGAUGAUGAGAGUUUAUAUUGCUGUUGCUGUGGUUGCAUUCGUGGCAAUUGCCGUGCUUGCAGCAGUUUUCUUGUUCAUUUUUCUCAGGAGGAAGAAGGAUGAAACGAGUAAGGAAGGAGAUACGGAGCUACAAAAGUUAAGUUUGAGCGUGAGAACUACCAGUGAAAAGAAAGUUUCAUUCGAGGGGUCUCAAAAUGAUCUUGAUGGUCAGAUUAUUGAUGCAACCUCACAUAAGCUAUUGGUUGAGACCUACACAAUUGAAGAUAUAAAGAAGGCAACCGAGGAAUUCGAUUCCUCCAAUCUUAUUGAGGAUUCUGUAUUCCAUGGACGGAUCAGUGGUAAAAGUUUCGCAAUCAAACAGAUGGAGACGCGCAGUAUCUCAAAAAUAGAUUUUGGGAUACUCAACGAUGCAAUUCAUCAUCAUCCAAAUAUUAUCAGGCUCUUAGGGACGUGCGUGACAGAGGGUCCUGAUUCGUUCUUGGUUUUUGAAUAUGCUAAAAAUGGUUCAUUAAAGGACUGGCUUCAUGGUGGCCGAGCAAUGAAAAACCAAUUCAUUGCUUCCUGUGACUGUUUCUUGACAUGGAAUCAAAGGCUAAGGAUCUGUCUAGAUGUAGCUACUGCGUUGCAAUUUAUGCACCAUAUAAUAGAUCCUGCUUAUGUUCACCGAAACAUAAAGAGCCGGAACAUUUUUCUUGAUGAAGAAUUUAAGGCAAAAGUUGGUAAUUUUGGCAUGGCUCGAUGUGUUGAUGAUGAAUUUGCAAAAGGUUACCUGGCACCAGAGUAUCUUGAAAGAGAAAUCCUCGCCCCGAGCAUUGACAUUUUUGCUUUUGGGGUGAUUUUGCUUGAGGUUUUAUCAGGCCAAUCACCUAUAAGCAGUGGCGGUGGUACUGAAGGAGAAGAUGAAGCUGCGCUCUCUGAGAAAAUAAAGGUUAUUUUGGGGUCUGAGAACGCGGAUGAGCUAAGGGAAUGGAUCGACAGCGCGUUGGGAGAGAAUUAUUCUUUUGAUGCAGCAGUGACUUUGGCAAAUUUGGCUAGAGCAUGCGUGGAGAAAGACCCGUCAUUAAGACCAAAUGCUGGUGAAAUUGUGGAGAAGUUGUCAAGAUUGGUUGACCAAGUACUGGAAGGAGAGGAGCAACUCAUAAUCUCCGAAAGCGCUUGCAAACCUUUGUUCAAGGCUGAAGCCACCAGUACUACCAUGUGAUUUGUUAAAGUUACCAGCUUUUGUGAAUUGUAAAGUGACUACCUUUCAGGAGUUAAACUUGUAAAGUUUUUAUGAGUCAUAAGUUCUGGAUUUCCUCUGUACUUAAAGCAAAAUAUGGUAAGAGAGUUUAUUCUGCUUACUGUUACUGUAACUUGUAAAUAUGUAUGUAUCAAGUAACUAAAUCGCUGCUUUUGCUCAAUAUUUAUCUUCUUAUGUUUGCUAAUGUUGACAGUAAAUUUUCAGUUCAUCUCCCAAACAUGUUUCGACUUUUUAUUAUAAAUGUUUUUGCUGGCUGAGCUUAAGUUGGGUUCCUUGAUUCAAAGGACAACCCACAAGGUAAAAGGAUAAUGAUUACAGAUCAAAGUAGAUUCAGUGCUAUCACAGGUUGUCACACCCCCUUUUUUUUUUUUUUUUUACUCCCAAAGAUUAAGUUUUAAGGGUCGAAAGGGUUUUAAUUAUUAAUGUGACAAAAGAUGAAAAUUUAUUUCGAAAAAGGAUUAUUUUUAACAAUCAAAACUCAGAGUCGCCACUUGGCAUAAAUCGGGUGUGCUAAGUCACCCAUGAAUAUCAUUUUUCAAAAUGGUUUUGACUCUUUAAUACUGAUUUGCGAACAGAGAUUCCGGUUAAGUAAUUCUGUUGACCGAGGGGAAGGUGUUAGGCACCCCUUGAUCCCGUGGUUUGGCCAC